AGCAUUUCAGAUCUCUCUCGUUUUUGUAACUGAAUGUUGUGUUACUUAAUUAUUAUUAUUUUCAUUGAACUAAAUGUGAAUUUCUCAUGAGCAGAAGAUUUAAACGUCUACACGGAAGCUAAAUAGUGCGACACACGUGUUCCGGUGUUUUCGCGCAGUGCAUUGUGGGACUUCAAAAUGGAGGCCGGUCAGCUGUAGUGAGCUGUGAUGUCCUCGGUUAUGUAGCUGUUGUGUAAAGAGCAGACGGUCCCUUCUACACUCUCCUGUGUCCGGGUACAUCAUGGGGGUUUUGUGCUUCGCCAGAGGAGCCUUCGCCGCCGGAAAACACGCCGGUUUGUCCGGAAAGCUUCUGUCCGGUGUUUCGGCUGCAGCGGCGGUCGGCGUCCGGAGGUUCAGUCCGCCGCCGGACAACCGGAAAGAUGUCCCCGGACAGUUCGUGUGUUACCACCUUCCACACAGGACCCUGCUGAAGAUCCAGGGACCCGACACGAGUCCGUUCCUUCAGGGGAUAAUAACCAACGACGUGGAGCUGCUGGAGGAGCCCGAGCACGGAGCCGUGUACUCCCACAUGCUGAACGUACAGGGACGGACACUGUACGACAUCAUGCUGUACCGUCUAAAAGAGGCAGAGGGAGGACACGGUGUCUUCCUGGAAUGUGACAGCACAACAAAGGACUCCAUCUUGAGACACUUGAAGGUGUACAAACUCCGCAGGAAGGUCAACAUCGGCCCCUGUCCAGACCUCGCUGUGUGGGCGGUGCUUUCGCAGCAGACCAGCCGGGGUCAAGAGGUCAGUGAACCUGAGCUUUCCUCCCCUGAAAAGGCUCUGGUAUGGGAGGCUGAUCCUCGAACUCAGCAAAUGGGCUGGAGAUUGGUGUUGCACCAGCAAGUCGACCCCCUGGAUAUAAUAGCAUCGUGUCAGAAAGGAGACACAGAGGAGUACCACAGACAUCGCUAUACGAUAGGACUUCCAGAGGGAGUCAAGGACCUUCCUCCUGGGGUGGCCCUGCCGCUAGAGUCAAACCUCGUCUACAUGCAGGGUAUCAGCUUUAGCAAGGGCUGUUACAUCGGCCAGGAGCUUACAGCCAGGACUCAUCACACUGGGGUGGUGCGGAAGCGCCUGAUGCCAGUGCGCUUGUCAUCUCCAGUCCAGGACCUGGAGGAAGGUGCCGCAUUGCAAUCGCAGACAGGCAAGCCAGCUGGGAAGCAUCGAGCAGGCGUAGGGGAGCUGGGCCUGAGCCUAAUCCGCAUGGCUCAUGCCAAAGAGGUGUUGACGCUCAAAUCUUCUGACGACUCCACAGUGACACUUGAGGCCUCUGUGCCAGACUGGUGGCCCAAAGAUGUCAAAAGCAGCUGAAGAGGAGGAUGUUUUAACAUUCCCUAAAAUGUGACAUGCUUCAAUCUGACAGACUUCUCGCAGACAGAACACGGCGUAUGUUACACUGUCAUUGCUGAACCGCUAUGUGGCACCCAUCCCUGUUUGUGAGUAUUUUUGUUUGCAAUGAAACCUAUUUUAGAGUGAUUUUCCUAAAUUGUAAAGUAUUAUUUAUCACAGAGCCUGCUAUUUCACAGAAGUGUUGUAUUUCUCUACAAAAGGAUCCACCAACCAUGAUGCACUAUUGGUGGUUAUUCAAUAAAUAUGCAAAAUAGCAAAACAAAAA